UUAUCCUAGACAAGCAAAAUUACAGAGCAAUACCGUUUUUGCGAUGAACCCAAAGAAGCAGAGAGUGUUUUUGCAUCAUGGUAUUAUGAAAUCUCUAAAAACGGAAAGAAAAUUUCUGAUCUACCAUACAAAGAUUUGGGCUCUCCAGAAUUGCAAAAGUUAUUGGCAGAGAUGCGUUUGCACAAUCAAGAAGGUGAUACUGCUAUCGAUGAAAAAGUCGCUACCCUAGUCGAUCAUUUUUGGAAUGAAGCACAAGGCAACUUAACUGAGAUACUUAGUGUCCCAAUUGACUCAAUAAAAGCAUCAAAACUAGACCAGGCCGAGAGUGUUUUGCUUUCUAUCAAAAAUUCUCUCGCAAAAGAUGCCACGGGACAAUUUUUAGUACUAGCGGCUCUUGAAGACAGCUUCUAUGAUCUAAUACCUCACAAAGUACGCGAAGACCUUGCUUCAAUUAGCUGUAUCCGACGGAAAAUGGAUUUGUGCCAAGUUAUCAGAGAUGUUAUUUCAGUAAGCGAAGCUACCAACUGGGCCAAAACAAGCAGUGCUAGAGCAAAGUAUAAGGCUCUCGGAUGCAAUAUACAAUGGCUUAACCCAAGUGAAAAUGACAAUGAGAAAAUAAAAAAUCUGUUCAUUUCAAGCCAAGUUGGAAAGAAUGUUAUUGCUGUCAAAAAUAUCUUCGAAGUGAAUCGCGCUGUUGAAGACGAGGGUUUUAGCUCCAGCUUGGCUAAUAAACAACUGUUGUUUCAUUCGUCACAAGCAAGAAAUUUCGUAGGGAUCCUAUCCCGGGGCCUGCUACUUCCCAAAGUGGUUGUGGAUGAUUUUGGUGGAACUCGAACUGAUCCUGGCAUGCUUGGCUCUGGGAUUUAUUUUGCAAAUUCUGCCAGCACCUGUAUCAAGUAUUCAACGCCUUCAAAGUCCAGAGGCACUAGAUUCGCGCUAGUAAACGAGGUUGCUCUUGGUCGAUGCAAAGACUAUAUGGAGUUCGAUCAUUCUUUGACAAAGCCUCCAGAUGGCUUUAACAGCACACAUGGCGUACGUGGUGGCUCAAGUACAGCCACGAAAUUCAAAGAUGAUGAAUUUGUUAUCUACGAUGCUGCCCAGCAAAGGAUAAGGUAUUUGGUGGAAUUUACGAUAGACGGUGACGCUAAAGUCUCACCCUCUAAGUCACUGGAAGUUUUGUCAGAAGAUGAGGGUAUUGAGUCAGAUUAUCAGACCUCUUCUUCUGAGAUAAGCUUAGAGGACGUUGAAGCAGUUCCAGAUCCACUAGAAAAGGUGGUACCAGGUUUGCAAACGGAUGGUGAAACGCCGGUCCCUUUGAAAUCUGUCCACGUGAGAGCAAAGCUAGUAGACCUUGCAGCAGAGGUGGUCGUUUUUCAAGAGUAUGUCAAUGAAAGUUCAGAGUCUAUAGAAGCCAAAUAUGUAUUUCCUUUAAACAGCAUGGCUGCAGUUUGUGGUUUUGAGGCAUUUAUCAAUGGGAAGCAUAUUGUUGGGCAGGUUAAAGAGAAAGAGAAGGCCCACAAAGAGUACAAAGAAGCUAUAAGCCAAGGUCACGGUGCCUACUUAAUGGAUGAAGAGAAGCCUGAUGUAUUCACUGUAAGUGUAGGAAAUCUUCCGGCAGCAGCUCGGGUUAUUAUCAAAAUUACCUACGUUUCAGAGCUGCCCUUAGAGGGUGAGAUGGUAAACUUCUCGCUCCCUGGUUCAGUUGCCCCAUGGAAACGUGACAAAGCUCUUGACCAAGUCAUACAAUCAGACGUAAAGCGAGUUGAUGUUUUAGAGAGUGAAGAAAAAUUUUCUCUUUUAAUUUCCAUUGACAUGCCGUUUAAAAUCAAGGAACUUAAGUCUCCGACACAUUUGCUUAAAGUAAAAAGGACAGAUACGAAGGCAGUAGUUGGUCUUCAAUCAGACACACAUGGUCUUGGAACCGGCUUUCAGCUUUUUGUGUCCCUUGCGGAAAUUCAUGUGCCCAGGAUGUGGUCAGAACAAGAUCCUGAAGACAGCGAUGACCAAGCUUGCAUGUUGACUUUCUUUCCUGAAUUCGAUGAUACAGUAGAGAAAGAAAUGGAAGUCGUUUUUGUGAUUGAUGCAUCAAAUUCAAUGAAAGAUUGCUUCAAUGAUGUUAAGAAAGCUGUCAUUCUGGCUUUACUCAGGUUGCCAGAAAAAUGCUCUUUCAAUAUCAUAGGUUUUGGAACAAACUAUGACCAGCUUUUUCCUAAAUGCCAACCUAAAUCUACAGAAUCACUGUCUGAAGCAAAGAAAUUUUGUAACAAGAUGCAUCCUGUGAAAGGCGGUACAGCUCUGUGGCGAGUCUUACGAAAACUGCAUCUUUUGGCAGAUGAUAAAUCUACGCAUCCGGUGAAUGUGUUUUUAUUUUCUGAUGGAGAAAUUUCUGAAGAGAUAUCAACCAUGGCAUCAAUACGAAAGAAUUCAAGAUUGGUACGAGUAUUUUCAUUUGGCUUUGGGUCAACAGCAAACAGACACCUUUUAACCAAGCUUGCUCAGAUUGGUGCUGGUGCUGCUGAGUUCUUUGAUGCAAAGGCCAAAUCUAGGUGGGAAGACAAGAUUAAAUCGCAGCUGAAUAAAGCCCAACAACCUGUGUUAGAGUCAGUCAGAGUCACCUGGCAACAGUUUGAUCACGAUGCGCCACUGCCAUUACAGGCACCGAAAGAUGUCUUUUGUCUGUUCAACGGAUAUAGGCAGGUUAUAUAUGGAUUUGUACCUCAUUGCCGGAUGGCUACUCUCAGUGCCAAGAUUGGCGAUCGUGAGUUAUCAACAAUGGUCUCGACUACUGAUCUCAAUGUGACAACAGGAAAGAUACUUCACCGGCUGGCCGCCCGGGCAGUUAUCAAGGACUGGGAAGAUGGCACCUUGAGUGAGAGCCGGACUGAGCACGAGAUGCUCAAGCGAGAAAUGAAAGACAAGGUGAUUGAGCUGAGCAUAAAACAUUCUAUUGUGACGCAGUUCACCAGUUUUGUUGCUGUGGAAGAGCGCAAAGAUGGGGAAUUAUAUGAUGAUGUAAACGCUCCUUCUGUAGAUGAGUUGGUGGAAAUGGAAAAUGUAGAUUUCCUAGCUUACAUGGGUUUUGAGGAGGGCCGUUCACAAGGAGAAGAUAAAGAUAUUUCUAAAGAAGAGACACUUGCUUGUCUUGAAUGUGAAGAAUACACAUCCAUCUCAGAAGAAGAUGAUGUUUAUGAACAGAUGGAUAUUCCUGCUUCUUUAGAAUACACAUGCGCCUUGCAAGAUGAUGAAAUUUAUGAGACGAUGGAUGUUUCUGCUUCUAUGAACUCGAUGUCUUCUUUAAGCAGUGAAGAUGACAAUGGAUGCGUAUCUGGUCUCAUUGAAGAAUCGGAUGAGCUGUUUACAGAUGAAGAACUUGAAAGAGACAUGAAUGAAGAUAUGCUGCCCCCUGCUAUUGUACUUGACACGGGUAUGCACACUGUGAAAGCCGGAUUUGCUGGCGAAAUACAUCCAAAAGUUGAAUUAAGAUCAGUCAUUGGCCGGCCAAGACAUCAGGGCGUCAUGGUCGGUAUGGGCCAAAAAGACUCGUAUAUUGGCAAGGAAGCCGAAUCAAAGCGUGGAAUAUUGUCUUUAAGCAGCCCUUUCCAUUUGCCACCAAAACCAGCUAUGUUAAAAGCCCCACCAGCUGCACCAUAUCAAAGUAUGGAUGUGAUGAAUGAACUUCAAAGCAAAUUAAGAGCCAGGAAACCGUUGCUUAAAACUACUCAAAAGAGCAUCUUUUCUGACGAUGAUGAGGAUAUUGUGUCUGGAAAGAAAACUACGUUCGGUAGCGCACAUGUAGAAGUGAAGCGAAAAGGAAUUACUACAGACUCAUCUCGAGCCUCUGCUGAAAAAACUGAAAGCUUUCUUAGGAUGAGUAAGAUUCAAAGCAAGCCAAGUACAAAGAAAUCAGCAAAAAAGAGCAUUUUUGCAGACAAGGAUGAAGACAUUUUUGCAUUUGCAUGCCACAAAAUAAAAGCUGAAACAACCAACUUUGAAAGCCAAUCGAGUGCAACGAAGUCCAUUAAGAAAUCAGCAAAGAAGGAUAUUUUUGCAGACGACGAAGACAUUGCCAAUUCCGCUCUUGCCAUUAGCCGAGAAGAAACGAAAUCUUGUGUACAAUUGUCUGCACCAAGCAUGAUGGACGAGUUAGCCUUCACUGAAAAGAUUGCAAAUAUAGAAGUAAAGAAAAUUCAUGAAGAGGCGUCUAAACCAUAUGAAUUAAAGUCAAGAAGUAAACCUAUGGGUUCCAUGCUCUUUGGUGCAGCACGCAAAGGUGCUUCCAUUGGAGAACAUAAAAGAAGCUUCCGUUCUGAAAUAAUAAGACCUUUGGAAGAAAUGGACGCAGUGUAUGAGUGCUGUAUACCACCACCAGGAUCAGUACCAAUAGGACCUCAACCAUCACCACCACAGAUUAGCAAUGCAUUACAGUCUGAAACCCCACCGCCACCGCCACGACCACCGCGUCAACUUGCACAACAGUCACUUCUAUCAAUGCAGCCUGGAGCGCCACCGCUGCCGCCACCGCUUCAACUUGCACAACAGCCACUUCUAUCAAUGCAGCCUGGAGCGCCACCGCUGCCGCCACCGCGUCAACUUGCACAACAGCCACUUCUAUCAAUGCAGCCUGGAGCACCACCGAUGCCGCCACCGCCACCGCGUCAACUUGCACAACAGCCACUUCUAUCAAUGCAGCCUGGAUCGCCACCACUGCCGCCUUGGCAACAUUCUGCAUCCGCACCACCACAGGCCGGCGGAGCAUUGCAAUCAAUACCGCCAGAAAAAAUGAUGCAAUCUUCUCAGCUACGCUGUAUAAAACUAGCCCAAAAACAAGCAGCAAAUAUUCAGAGCGAAUCUUUACUACGAAAAUCUCUUGUUGCUCUAGGACAAUCACAAAUGUUUCCCAAGAAAAAGAAAAAAAAACUGCCUUUACCACCAGAAGAACCUCUUCACUUUCUGUCUGGCCUAACACGUCAAUCUUCAGAUUUUGCUUGUCGACUGUCUUCAGAAACGAAAGACAAAACUACAGGCAUUUUUAAAGGUAUCGGUUUCAUUUUACCGAAUAAAUACAAAGACAGGCCCUGGAUGGACGAAGUAGAGUUUACCCAGCCUCUUUUUGAUGUCAAUAUGUUGGAUUUAAAUUUGCUUGUCAGCAAGCAGAAGGAGAGCGGUUCAUGGGACAUCGAUGAAGUCUUCUUUAAUAGUAACAAAAGACACCUUCUGAAGUUACUUGAAACCGUUGGAAUCAAGUCACUAGGUGUUAACCUUCAAAACGAGCUUGUUGAAUUCAUCGUGACACUAAUGAUGUUUGCCGUACUGCUGGAUAGUGUGCAAAGAGAGGCAAUACGGCCAUUUCCAAAUAUGUUGGAUAUAGUGCAAAUCUGCGAUAGUCCCCGUCCAGAUUGGCCGUUGGUAAUAUCGGAAGCACUUCGCAAAGCAAAAUUGUUCGUUCGAGAGAAAGAUCUCUGUUACCCGUCUCUGUGUACACGUUUAGAACUUGGAUACAACAUGGUUGAGGCUACGUGUAAUCUUUUAGAGUUUGCUUUGUUAUAACCUUUGUUUGUGUAGCACGUUUAACUGUUAACAUUUUUUAAUAAAUAUAUGUUAAGCAUUAAAUAGUAAUUUAAUAAUUAUAACACAGAUGCUUCAUUAGGUUAAUCAAUCAUCAAGGUUUCUUCGCUUGAUUAUGUAUUGCA